AAACCCCUUCAAACAAACAAAAUAUUUUCCCACUCUCUCUCUCUCUCUCGCGCUCACUUUCUCUCAUCGUCUCCUCCAAUCUUUAAUUCUUCAAAAUGUCUUCUCGAAAUCGCAGAUCAAGAACCAACCAACUCAGGAGAACAAUCCUUAUACUCGGUCUUCUUCUUGUUAUUUUGAGUUGCUGCAAUGGAGCUAGAACUACGAACAUGUUCUACACGAGUUCACCACCCAAACAACCCGACAUAGUUUCACCACCUCAUCAUCACCAUCAUCAAGUAGAAGAUCACAAAAACGUACAGUUUUUGGGGUUCUUGCCACGUCAGUUUCCGGUUCCAGCUUCUGGUCCUUCAAGAAAACACAAUGACAUCGGUUUAAGUAGUACUACUAGGACUCCUUCUCCUUGAUGUUCAAAAGAUUUUAUUAAUCAUUCUCCCUUUUUAUUUCUGUAAGUUUUCUGGUUUAAUUUUGGUCUAAACUGAUGUAAAUAGAAUAUUAAUUUGAUUUAUUUCUGGGAAAUGCUGUGGGAAGAUUAUCUUUUUUUUUUGUUUUUAAUAUUGGAGUUUGUUAGAUCCAUUGAAUUAUUGCACGUACGUAAGUGUAAAG